AUCUCCUCCGCCACCAACCCUCGGAAUUCGGGCCGCGCUCCACUAAUCCUCGUAUCGGUCGCUAAUGGCGUGCUGAUCUGGCACCGUCGCAUACAGCAGGGCGCUCUUUAUUCGCCUGUGUGAGCUUCAGCGAAGUUAAUCCCAUUUUCCGUGCCCGCGCCCGUGCCGUACCGUCCCUAUCACACCGGAUCGCCACUCGCUCCCCCCCACCCCACUCCGCCCCACCUCCGCGCCUCAGAUCCAUCCCCAACCGGCAACCCUAGCGCCGGGUUCCUCCUCCUCGGAUCCGCCCGCCGCCGCGCGGACUCCAUUGCCAGAGGUGAUCGAGGGGGAGAGAUAGAGCUUGGGUGGUCGGAUUAGGGAGAGAGGGAGGGGAGGAUGUCCAGACGGUCGUUGAACCCGAGCCGGCGGGUGGCGGACGGGGGUCUGCCGACAGUCGGAGGCCUGUUCCACCCCAAGUCACGCUCGCCUCCCGUGCUUACUAUUGCCCUAGUCGUCCUGGGUGUCAUUCUUCUCGUCGCCUACUUCAACAGCGGCUCAGGUGUAACUGUUACAAGCAGAGAGUCUGUGACCAGGUCUGAAGGUUCUUGCACAUCAGAAGUUAUGCGGGUGCUUCCAUAUCUUAAAAAGGCAUAUGGAAAUGCCAUGCAAAAGGUUCUCCAUGUAGGCCCUGAUAGUUGUACAGUAGUUUCUAAUUUGUUGAAAGAAGGAAAGGUUGAAGCUUGGGGAGUGGAGCCUUAUGAUUUGGAAGAUACUGACAGUACUUGCAAAAGCCUCGUGCGCAAGGGCUUUGUCCGUAUGUCUGAUAUUAAGUUCCCCCUUCCGUACCGUCCAGAUUCUUUUAAUCUUGUUGUGGUGUCAGAUGCUUUAGAUUAUCUGACCCCAAGGUAUCUGAACAAAACACUUCCAGAUUUAGCAAGGGUUUCCACAGAUGGCCUUGUUAUUUUUGCUGGCAACCCAGGUCAGCAGAAAGCUAAGGUCUCAGAACUACCAAAAUUUGGAAGACCGGCAAAGUUGCGGAGUUCUUCAUGGUGGACACGGUACUUUGUCCAGACCGGCUUGACAGAGAACGAAGGGCCGCUGAAGAAAUUCGAAGAUGCUACAUCCAAGAACAAAUACAAACCAGGUUGUCAGAUCUUCCACCUAAGUUCGCCAAGGUGAUGCGCAUCCAUAGCACCUUGAAUUGUUGUCACACCCCCUGCCCUCCUCCGGUUGGCUUGCUCAUUGUUCGUGUGGAGGAAAUCGUCGCAAAAAAAGCCAUCAGGAAUAGGUUAGCUUAUGUAGAGAGGCUCCGACACUUGUUGCUAGAAAUUCACUCUGGAAAUUAAAUUGUGUCCCCCAAUGAUUGCAAACUGGAGCCCCGCUGGGAUAUAUAUGUAAGAACUUUCACGCUGUUGUACCGCUGUGCUAUCCAUGUAUUGUCAGGUGUUCACCGAGCAGUUUGAAAUGUAAAGCUCUUGAUGAUCCAGGAGGCGGGGGGCU